AUGGACCGUGACCUAAACAGCAGACAACAUGAAGCUGACGAAUCUGGAUUAAACGAGCCCAAAUAUCAGACAGAUGUCGAACUUUUAAAAUCGAUGGGCUACAAACAACUAUGGGGUGAUGCUAUGCUUUCUGCUGGUUCAGUGGCUGUCAUCUGGGGUUGGAUCAUGGUCUCUGUUUUCACCUUUGGUGUGGGUCUUUCUUUGGCUGAAAUUUGUUCGGCCUAUCCCAUCACCGGUGGCCUUUAUAUUUGGGUCUCAAAGCUCGCUCCUCCUGAAUGGGUGCCUAUCAUGUGCUGGCUGACAGGCUGGUGCAAUUGGCUUGGAUUGACGGUGGCUAUUACCUCAGCCGAUUUGGGUCUAUCUCAAUUUAUUGCCUCCACCAUCAAUGUAAGCGAUCCCAACAACAACCCUAGCAUCUAUUGGCAGUACGGCAUUUUUAUUGUCAUUGCUGUUGUGCACGGCAUUAUCAACUCUGUCAGCGUAAAGUACAACGGCUUCUUCAACCAGACGUCCCUCUACUGGCAUCUCAUCGGCACAUUGUUGAUUGUCAUUGUGGCUCUUGUCCUCACACCGAAUAAGCCGAGCGCAGAAUGGGUGUUUACUCACUUUCAAAAUGAAACUGGCUUUUCUUCAGGUGGCUAUGCCUUUUUGAUCGGUCUCUUACAAUCCCAAUACACACUCUCUGGUUUUGAUAGUGCUGCUCACAUGUCGGAUGAAACACGCGACGCUGCUCGCAGUGCUCCUCGUGGUAUCCUGUAUGCGAUCGGCACAGCCGCUAUUUUCGGUCUCCUUUUCUUGUUGUCUGUCAAUUUCUGUGUCCAAGACUACCAAACCCAAAUCAUGGAUACCACCAUCAGUCCCAUCAUGACCAAAAUCUUUUUGGAUGGUGUCGGCUACAAGUGGACAGUCGUGUUUACCACCAUCAUCAUGGGCGCCAUGUUUUUCUCGGGUUCCGCUUUGACGUUGGGCAGCUCUCGUAUGGUCUACGCUUUCGCCAGAGAUGGUGCCAUGCCGUUCUCUCGCCACCUUGCCAAGGUCAAUGCAAAGACCAUGACUCCUAUUUACGCUGUCUGGUUCAACGUGAUCUUUGCCAUGAUUGUCGGUCUCCUCUACAUUAUCAACGAAACCGCCUUCAACGCCAUCGUGUCUGUCAAUACCAUUGCCUCCUCCAUGGCUUACUUUAUUCCUAUCGCGCUUCGUUUGACCGUCGCUCGCAACAUCUUUCAACGAGGUCCCUUCCAUCUGGGUCCUUUCUCCACCGUCAUUGGUUGGACGAGUCUCUGCUGGAUCCUCCUGACCUCGGUUCUCUUCCUUUGCCCUACCGAAUCGCCUGUCACCAAAGACAAUAUGAACUACGCCGUCGUGGUCUUUUUUGGCGUCAUCGGUGCCUCUGUCCUUUAUUAUCACUUCCGUGCUCGUCAAUGGUUCCAUGGUCCCGGUAAGAGCAUGGAACCCGAUCCACAAUUGGAUGGUAUUCCUUUUGAAGAUACCACCCACGAUGGAAAAAAGAACCACUCUCCUUCUGACAGCUCCAGUCGAACAAGUGACAGUGAUGAAAACAGGAAAUAUCAAGUAGAUCAAGUCGAACGCAUUGAUUAA